AUGGCUUCGUCUUACCUCUCCUGGUUACGCAUACCCGUCUUCGCGACAUCAGGCCUCGCAGCUCUCGGAAGCAGCCUCCUCUACUUCAAGCAGAAUGACAUUAUCUACCCCGCAAAUCUACCUGCUGGUUCCAGGACGACUGUGGACCCUCCUGAAAAGUACGGUAUUCAGGACGCCGAAUCCGUAAAGUUUCCCACGCCGGACGGCGAGACCCUCCAUGCCUACCUCUUGCGACCUUCCGAUCCUUCAUUGAGAAAGAAUGUCACUCUGGUGACCUUUCACGGCAAUGCUGGCAACGUCGGCCACCGCCUUCCCAUAGGGAAAGUCCUCUCCCAGAGUUUGGGCUGUCAUGUCUUCAUGGUGGAAUAUCGGGGUUACGGGUUGUCGACUGGCUCGCCGAGCGAAGAUGGACUCUCCGUCGAUGGGCAGACGGCGCUCGACUUUGUGCGCAAUCAUAAAGAGCUGAGGAACACCAACAUUGUCUUAUACGGCCAGAGCCUGGGUGGCGCGCUGGCGAUCAAGCUGUUGCAGACAAAUUAUCAAGUCGGCGACAUCUCCGGGGUCAUCUUGGAGAAUACCUUCUUAUCCAUUCGCAAGUUGAUCCCAUCGAUCAUGCCAGCGGCGAAAUACCUUUCGUAUCUUUGUCACCAGCGGUGGGAUUCGGAACAGAGUUUAGCCAAGGUGGAAGAUGCAGAAAUUCCCGUUCUCUUUCUUUCCGGUCUGCGGGAUGAGAUAGUACCACCAUCCAUGAUGAAGACCCUCUUCGAUCAAUGUCCCACGGCGAAGGUCUGGAAAGAAUUCCCCCAUGGCGACCACAAUUCAACCGUGGCAGAGCCAGGCUACUUUGAGGCGAUCUGGGGAUUUCUGGUCCGAGACGUGCUGAGAGGUGCACGUGGGGAGAAGCUCAAGAGAGCCGAUGUUGAUGUCGACAAGGACCAGUUACGGAGCGAACCUGUCGACGAAUGA